CUACAUGUGUCUGACACCAGGGAAACCUCCUAUAUAACCAAAACCAUGAAAUGGUUGUGCACCUACAUUACCCUCUCUGCACUUAAUGAGUGCCUUUGCUUCAACGCAGAACACAAACUGUAUAAAACAUUAUUUGACAAGUAUAAUCCUUACAUCCGACCAGUGAAAAAUGUGUCCGAUCCUGUAACUGUACAGUUCGAAGUGUCAAUGUCCCAACUUGUUAAAGUGGAUGAAGUUAAUCAGAUUAUGGAAACCAACCUUUGGCUGAAACAUAUAUGGAGCGAUUACAAGCUGAAAUGGGAUCCAAAACAGUACGGAGGAAUUGAAUUUAUUCGAAUUCCGUCUGCACAGAUCUGGAGGCCAGACAUAGUUCUCUAUAACAAUGCAGUUGGAGUGUUUCAGGUGGAUGAUAAAGCAAAGGCAAUAUUAAAACACACCGGAGAAAUCACAUGGAUACCACCAGCUAUAUUCAAGAGCUCCUGCUGGAUAGAUGUAACAUACUUUCCAUUUGACUACCAGAACUGUACCAUGAAGUUUGGCUCUUGGACAUACGAUAAAGCACAUAUUGAUCUGGUUAUGAUCGGAACAGAGAUGAACCUGAAGGAAUUCUGGGAGAGCGGUGAGUGGGUCAUUAUCAGUGCCCCUGGAUACAAGCACGAAAUUAAAUACAACUGCUGUACAGAAAUCUACCAGGACAUUACAUAUUCCUUAUACAUCAGGCGUCUGCCAUUGUUCUACACCAUUUACAUCAUCAUCCCUUGUCUUCUCAUUUCCUGCUUAACAAUCUUGGUCUUCUAUUUGCCUUCAGAUUGUGGGGAAAAGGUGACAUUGUGCAUGUCUGUCCUUUUAUCGCUAACUGUAUUUCUCUUGGUUAUUACUGAAAUUAUUCCCUCAACCUCCUUGGUGAUUCCUCUGAUGGGAGAAUAUUUACUUUUUACAAUGAUAUUUGUCGCACUUUCUAUUGUUAUAACGGUUUUUGUCCUGAAUGUGCACUACAGAACUCCCAAAACGCACACAAUGCCCCAAUGGGUCAAGAAAAUCUUCUUGGAAAAACUCCCCAAAAUAAUGUUCAUGACCAGACCAUCGAAAGAAGACAAAUCUGCAUCAAAACCUCAUCUUAUUGGGGACAGCCUCAAUAUAAGUAGCAUCAGCAGUUCUGAGAUUAGAAGCUGUAAUGACCAGUUCUUCUGCCAGGACAACUCUUGUCCUUGUGGACAAAUGAAAAGAAUAUAUACCUCUGACAUUGCAUGUAACCUUACCCGUGGGUCCAGCUUGGAAUCAGUGGACAAUGUUCUCUCAAAUUCAGUAUUAUCUUCAGAGAUCAAAGAGGCCAUUGAAAAUGUACAUUUUAUCGCACAGAACAUGAGAAUACAAAAUGAAGCCAAAGAGAUCCAAAAUGACUGGAAAUAUGUUGCCAUGGUGAUCGAUCGCAUCUUCCUCUGGGUGUUUGUACUGAUCUGCAUCCUGGGCACCACUGGACUGUUUUUGCAACCAUUGGUGUUUGGCGUCUGAAGAACUAUCACAAAUAUGACAAUAGCCUUUGUGUUUCAUGCGUUUAACUGCACAUACAGUGAAUAUGUAUACAUAAGGCUGCUGGAGAAAAGCAAUCUAGCUUCCAAUAAUGGUAAAAAUAGAAUGGUAAUAAGUUAUUGCAAUGUGUGAUGCCACAUGCUACAUUGUAUUGUGCUUGUUUUGCAUGUGCUUUUUGUGCUGGGUUUAUACACAGCAUAAAGGUUAUAUUGUAGUUAAAACUGGCGUAAAGGUCUGCACCCAACUCCACAAUGAAAUUUGGUUGUGGAUUUUGGUGCACAUUUAGAUAUAUAUUGCAUUCCGGCUAAUAAAAUCAACAAUUAAAAAAGCAAAUGGGAGAUUUCCAAAUCUGCAGCAUGCCUA